CCUGUUCUGAUGGGUUUGGGAUUUCUAACAAACUCUCUGUGUUGGAAAAAUAAAGUGCAGUUCUUCAUGCUUUCAGAAUCUUCUGAAUGUUAGCCUGUGGUGAUGCUGCUUUGUCAGAAGCAGCUUUUUCUCUCAUCCAUCCCCAGCGCAAAGCCUGCCCCAAAUGGUGCUAUGUCACAAUGUACGUGCAGCCUGAAUAGGCACAGCAUUUAUUCUGCUUGGGGAAGCCCUAUACCUCAUCUCUGGUGUGCACACAUUUCUGAAACAUUUGCAAGGCUUUUCCAUUGCUAACAACUAUUUUGUUGGGGUUUUGUUUGUUUCAGAGUGCAGGUAAUAAAUAAAUAUGUAUGCCCAAAAAAACCACCCUUGGGUUGGGUUUUGGGUUGGUGUUGGGGGCUUGUAGGCCACUUCUGGAGGUGAUGAGGGACAGGGAGAGAAGUCUGAGGGGCAGCCCCAUCCCUACCAGCCUCAUUUUUUAACGAGGUGCUCCAUCACUACAGGCUUUGGGCUGAAAGGUCAGCAUAUCAGCUGCGCUGUGCCAGGUAGCACUCAUAGUGGCAUCCAUGCUCCUUAUGGACAAGCAGUGAUAAAUUUCAUUCAGUUGAGGCACAGCUGAAUGAAGCAUGAAGAAAUCAGCUGCUGAAUGGAGAAGCUGUCAGGCAGAAGCCAGUCAAAAAGGAGAUUAACCACAGCCCUCCCUGUCGGUUGCAUGAGCUAAGAGGCUGAAAUGGGACUUCUAGCAAUAGAUUUCAGCAGGAAGAAAGAAACAUUGAGAAUUAAUCACUGAAGUGCCACUGCCUGCAUGAUCUGGUGUCUUUAUAGGAAGGGGUUGCCUCACUGCAGACUGCCCAUAUUCUUCCCAAACUGCUUGCUCUGAAUUGUCUAACCAAACAUAGGCUGCAAGAAACGCCACGCAGUGCAGCCCAGGCUGAGAAUGGGACACUUUUACUCCAAAUUCACUGCUUUUCUUUGCUUUUCUCACCUGCUGCCCCAGUGUGCCCAGUUCAGCUGCAUGCAUUACCUCAGGGAUGAGGUAAACCCACACGGGGUUGUUUGUCUCAGACCAAACACAGCUGAAAAAUCUCAGCCAAAAAAAAAAAACCAAAAAAACAAACCCACAACAAUUUGCUUUUGUAAACGUGUGUAGGGAUUUGUUGUUGUGACUUUUAAGAAUUGUGGCAGCUUUGUCUGUAAGAAGAUUCUGGGCUCUGUGGGUGGAGAGGGGCUCCAUGAGUGCCAGGAGGGGACAGCAAGAGAAGGGCUCUUAUUUCUGACAAAAAAAAAAAAAAAAUCUCAAAAUCAUUAAGGUUGGAAAAGACCACUAAGAUGAUCCAGUCCAAACGUCAGCCCAUAAGCUUUGUAAGCACUCAGGUUCCUCCUAACCUCCAAAGCUAAGGGAAUCACCUGGUUCUGCUGAAAUCAAUGGGAUACUUUUUUUUUCUCCUUUCAAUCGCAACAAUUACAACGGUUCACCCUGUGACAGCAAGGAGGUAGGGGAUGGGGAGAUGUGGUUUUAGUGGGAAGCGCUGCCUCGUAGUAACAAUAAUCCGGAGGCGCUUUAAGCUGUAUGUGCGUUCGGUCAGCAGAUUCUCCUCAGGGCUCUGAGGGAGACGCGCUGAGGAGGCGGGAAAAGGCGCGCGCUCUGGGCGGGAAAAACGGGGGGAGGGGGAGGCGCUGAGCCCCGCCUGGUUUCGCGCUGCGGGGAUAAAAUGGUGGCGAGCAGCGCUCGCACCUCAGCCCUACGGCUCGGUGGGGCUGAGGAAGCCGAGGGCUGCGUUUGCUCACGCUGUGCGAGUCUUCAUAAUUACUUGGCUGAGUGAGCCCAAUAGGAAUCCAACUGGCAGAUGCAUCAUGAGCAGUGACAAAAGCAUUCAUUUAGGUUAAGUCUGCCCUUAAGAAUCUGAAUUUCUGCUUGGAUGGCGAUGCUGCAUUCAUCACAGAAGAGAUCUUGCAUGCUGGUAAGGAGGACACGGUCAAAUCAACUACCACAGGUGGUCAUUAUAACUCACAGGUAAACAGCAAGAAACAAAGAAUGGACACUCAAUUAAUUUCCCCGUUAUUAGGAGCAAUUACCAACCCAUCACCUCCGUUAGAAUCUUCCUGUCUGCACAGUGACUGCUCAGCACAUGGGGAAGUUGUUGGCACCAAAACACUUUUCCAAGACUGCACCAAAAAACAGGCACAGAUAAAUUUUUCUUAUUCUGGCAAUGGCCCCGAUAUGUUUGGCCUGGUGUCGAGCAUCCUAGAGGAGCCAAACAAGGCAGAACCAGCUACAGAUUGGAAUUCACUUUCAAGAUUGUUUCCACCAUUGUGGGCUUCUGAUUUAGGAAACAACAGUGAAUUCUCAGGGCUUUCAUCUGAGCACUCUGUAGACAAUGAGGAUUUGAUGUGCACACAGAACUGCUACCGAGAGCAGCUGCUCCAGUCGCACAACGUGGAGGUGCUGCACAGAGGUUUAGAAGAUCUUUAUCUGAUCCAGUCUUGGCUUUCUCCAUCUGACCCCUGCACUCAGCCCGAUAAUGCUCUGAAAAAUGGUUAUCCUGCAAAUUCCUCUUUAGAAAACAAUAAUUCCAUUUUCCAAGAAAGGUGUGCGUUUCAAAGUGCAGAUUAUAAUCAGCACUGGAGCAGAUAUGAGCAGCUGAGCUUAAAUGAAGACUUUGAAAAAAAUGGUUCUAGUUCUAGCACCUCUUCUCAAAGCAGAAUGAAAGAUAGCACUAUCAUUCAGAAAGGGUGUUGGAGAACUGAAAGAGCAAGAGGCAGUGUGCUGAAAAAUGGUGUGUAUGAACAAACUAAACAUUCUCCUGAAUUCUCUCUUCUUUCUAAUCAGUCUACUGGUGAUGAAAUAUCCCAGAACAGCCACUUCUUUUCUAAAAGUUGUGAAAACUUUACAGCUGCUCAGAAAUCCCAGUCAUCUGUUCAUCCAUCGCUGUAUUUUUUCAGUGAACCAACGAAGGAAAGUUUUUCUAGAGUGACAAACGGAAAACCACAGGAAACCCAUGUGCGAAAUGGUCAUCAAAACUUUACUUUAGGAGAUGUUUUUAAUAAUAAUAAUGAAUGUAAGAACCACGUUAGUCCUGAAGAGUACACUCAUAAAAUUUCUGAGUUUGAUUUGUCAGUAAAAAAUAUACAAAAUGGGAAUUACUUGUUGUACCAUGGACAUACGUGGCUGGAUGGGAAAUCUGCAAGUCCAACAGUUGCAUCAGAUGUUGUGUUUGGAAAGCAAGUGGUAAUGAGCACACAGUCAUCACCUGGAGCUUCAACCACAUCUGGGGCCUCCUCCCCACAUCACCCUAUGGCAUAUCCCUCCUACUACUCACAGACCUCACCAAUCCUCCCAUUGGGAAAAGAUGGAAGGUUACAAAUAUCAAAUAGUAUUUCUAACAGUUUGGGAGUUUCUAAUUUUAUCUCAGACAUUCAGAAGCGAAUGAGCCCCUUUGGACACUCACAGCAUGAUUCUUUGACUAGUAAAGAGGGGCAGCAGUGCAAAUUCCCUGUUAAAUUUUCAUCCAGCUGGUUAACACAGCAGAAUGUUGUCAGUGAAGACUCUGAAAGGUGCCACAGGUUUCAAAAAAAGCAAACCCAGGAAAACAGUAAUAAAGGUGACAGAAGAAGCAGAAGGAACUGGAUCCCUCAUUUUGGAUAUGCAACCCCAAACUUCCAGCAGUACAACAUACUCCAAAAGAGCCAUGAACAGAAUGGCAGUAUCAUGUCAGAUUUUACCAAUCCUUCUUUUCUUCCUUCCUUCCCAUUCACGUCUGAUUUUAAGCAGACUCCCAGCCUUUUUCCGUUUAAUCCCCAUCUGUUUUCAUUAGCAAAGAACUUCAGUUUUCCUCCUUCACCUUUUCCAUUCUCAGAACUUGUUGAUCUUCUCCAUUAUGAUGAUUUUAACCGCUUGAAUCCCUUCAUCAGUGAUCUCUUUCGUGGGGAAGUAACUGCUCCAUACUUUGCCUUUCCAAUGCCAUUUAACAAGUGCAGACCUCCCAGGAGCCGCAGCGGACCUUCUAAUGAGCUUCACACCCAACUGGAGGAGUGUUAUGAGCAGUGGAGGGCUUUGGAGAAAGAGAGGAAAAAGACUGAGGCUGACCUUGCAAGGAACUUUCCAGGAAGGCGUGUUUCUAGUUCCAAUAACACUCCUGUGUCUCAGCUCCCUGCCCACCCAUCACGAGUGGAUCGUCUGAUUGUAGACCAGCUCCGAGAACAGGCCAGGGUGCUCACCUUAAUAGGGAAAAUGGAAAUGCUUUGUGGUGCCCCUGUGCACAGUAAUGUAUCUGCUGCCUUGAAACACCACAUGGAAGCCAUCCACGUAACGCAGGCACGGCGUAAGAAUGAGGUUGUUAAUGCUGUUAAUCCACAGAGACAAGGAGUGUUGCGUUACAACAGUGAGAAAGAUGUUCUGGCUCUGGCAGCUGCCAUUAGAGAGCUGGCUGCUUCCACAUGCAGGGCUCGCACUGCGUUAUGGUGUGCAUUACAGAUGGCUUUGCCAAAACCUUCCCCAAGCAGCCUGGUAAAGCAUGAAGCUGGAGGGACAUCACAAGAGCUUUGUACUCUAAACACAAGCACACGAGGAUCCAACAGCAUGGAGAACAACAACACAAGAAGCAGAGAAGAAAAGCCUGAGGAACUCAUGAGGAUUCUGGAAUGACAGCUAAUAGUAAUAAUAAUAAUAAAGGGAGGCAGAAGGCCGAGGACGGGGGGAGAAGGGUGAAGUGGCCUGUUAAACUGACAGUGUUUUCCAUUGGUUAUCAGAAAGCAAGAAGGUUGCAAUAAUUGAUCAGGGCUACAGUGCUGUUAUUGUAAUUCUUGUGUUGAGAGACACAUCCCUUACUAGUGUUAAUGCAGUGGUAAUAUUGCUGGUAUUACAAUGUCUGCUAUGUUAGAAUGUUAAGAGGAACUAAACAGUAGCUCAGCGUUUCCUUGUCUGCUUAUCCAAAGCUACAUAUCGGCUGUGAUUCAAGCCAUGACCUGAGAAACCAGUGUAGUGAAACUUAAUUCUCCUUUCUGUAUUAAUGGUAUAGUCAAGCAUACUGAAAAGAGGGGCAAAAAGUCAUUUGAAAGGUAUUUCAUUCAGGUGUUGAUUUGUUUUGCACCAUUAUGUAGUUCUUUUCAGUGCCAAAGUGAUCAGUAAGUGGGUAGCAUCCUGUCAUAGAGCAAUCCAUGCUCUUGUGUUGUUUUUCAGUUGAGGAAUUUGGGUUAUUGCUAUAUUUGAGGAUAAUUAGCAUUUAAUGGUGGUUCUAUGAGAUGCUUCAGCAUUUGUGCUGCCAGUUUCUAGCUAAACCAAGGUAGAUUGAGCUUUCUUAUGUCUUAUACGAAGUAUCAGCACGUCUUACAUCUUAAAUACAAGGAUCUUGGAGACUUGCAAUGAGUACUGCAUUGAGAUGCAUGUUAACAGGAGACUGAAAAAAAUUGUGGCUCAGGAUUAGAAAUGAGAUUAUUGAUUUCUCACUGGGUUAUAUACCAGUAAUUACACAGCAAAGUGUGCACUUCACUGAAAAAUGCUCUGUGUUAUUAGUGUUUGUUCAUGGUACUACAGAUCUUUGGAAACAUUCCAUAUUUAUUUUAAUGUGUUUAUUGAAUGUUUAUUUUAAAUUCUAUUUUAGUAAUAUAAAGUUGGAUCUUUUGCCAAACCUACCAAAUAAUCAUAUUUAACAAUUUACUCAGGAAAUAUGUCUAUUCUUAUAUAAAUAUACACGUAUACAUAGGGAUUUUUUUUUUUUUGGGGGGGGGGGGGGGGAUGUUUGCAAGAUAUUUACACAAAGCUAGCUAUAUCCUAGGUUACCAAAGCUAUUUAAUGGUUUGUCUUCUGUGUGGAAGAUUUCACGUAUUGCACUGCUGUUACCUGGUGUCCAUUCUGUGGCUUAGACAAUCAGAAGUGCUGUGUGUUGGUGUGAAUGUUCAGGGUGAAAAUUAGAGCUGAAUGAGUAAUUCCAGUUUUCUUCUUAUGGCACGUAAAUAUUUUAGUGCUUUAACAACUGUCUUAAUGCAACACUACCACUUACAUGUGACUGCUAACCAGCUGUGGCUCUUAGCUAUUACUGUAGUAAUGAAUGGCUUUAGAGAGCAGUUGUCACUUGAAAAGUGAAUUAAGCAUAAGGGAAGUUAUUGAGAGGUAUAAAUAGAGAUGUAUCUGUGUUCCAUAGCGUUCAACAUGAAGUUUGACCUUUUGUGGGUAAAUCCAGAAUCGUUUCCAUAUAUAUAUGCACUUGCAGAAUGUUCAAAAGCAAAAAACAUGGGGCACUGGAGAGUGUUGCUUUGAGUGUGAGGGUUUUCUUUGUGCAGGCGCAGCAUUUUGCACAAAUCAAGAUGGUGAAGUUGGCUUUUGAGAAACUGAUUACCUGUAUUACACAUAUGGAACAGUGGAGUCUGCAGUAUUUCAGCCCAUGGCUAAUUUUUAAUUGUGAUUACUGUAUUGACAGGAAGGCAGAGCUGGGAAGAACAGCUGUGGUCCUGCAGGAGUGCACUGUAGCAGUGUGUGUAUAGAGCACGGUCCAUCUUAUUGUAUUGCUGUGCAUUAAUCAUUACUCUCAAGGGACGUGUUCUUAACUGAUCCCUAAUGUUAUUAAUGUGCCUUCGACAGUUUGUUUCUGAGCACAGUAAGUAACAGUAUGCUCACCUCUGUUUUGCACUGCUGUUUAACUACCUGUUUACAAAGAGUUACAGCGUAGCUGCAUCUGACUACAGCCAACAGCUGGGGUAGGCUGGUAGUGCUGUGCACCAUUGCUGCAGAGAGCCACGAUGCAUGGGAUGUGUAUUUGCUGCACUGAAUUAUUGGUGUGGAUAAGAAUAAUGCUCCUGGCUUUAGUUGCUGAUCAUACUCACAUUUGCUGUCUUCAAUGAAAGCAAAGAUUUAGGCUGUUAGCUCACACUUAACAUGGAGAGGUAUCUUCAUUUCACAGUCUGUAUUUGUUUCUUGUUUAUACUGUUUUCUUCCCAUUUGUGAAGCAAUAGGGUAAAAUCACUUUGUUUUGUUUCCCUAAAUAGCUCUACUGAGAUUUAAUUUAUUUCUUUUCCUGGGCUGAUUUUUGCAGUUUACAUUUUUUGAAUGAGUUGUAGUAGUGAUAAAGAUCUGUUUCCACAUAAGGAAACAAGAUGCUUCAAAGUCCCUCCUCAACUCCCAGUUAUUGCUAAGUUAGGUGUUUUUUCAUGUAGUGUGGUUCUGUUUUAAAAUCCCAAAUUGAGAGUCCAACACAAGAUAAAAUGUAAGAAUCAGUUAUUUCUGGGCACAGCAAUAGCCAUUGGAUUCUUGUGAUUUGGUCCUGCUGUUUCUCAGAAGAAGGCCCUGCAUCAGAGCUAGGAUGUCACUUCUGGAAGCAGGUUUGGCAUCCCUACUUUUCUUCAGAUUCCAUAGAUACCUCUGGAAAUUAAAUGAAUCUGGUGGGAUUUAUAUCAACUUACACUAAGUAGUUUGCAUCACUUUGUCUCUGCUUUCCCUGGACAACAUGCAGGGAGGCAGUCUGGGCUCGUGCUCUUUGUCUGGCUGUUUUCAGAAAUAUUUGGCAGACUGAAUGGUUCCUGAGCUGCUCUUGUUGCUUUUUCUUCCCAGACUGAAUGUUUUUCUUUGCUGUUGGUAUUCACUGCUGCCAUAAAUCUCUCUACCUGGGUGUGCAUCUUUUGGAGCUGAUUUGCCUUGCAGCACAGAAGCUGUUCUGUAAGCUUCAUGUAGGAUAUUGGAUUUUGUUGUUGCCAUGUUUGAACUGCUACAGAGGUUCUGCAACCAACAAACCUUAAGCCUGUAUGAAUUUCUUUAAAGCUUAUUUUCUUACCUGUUCUGAGAGCUGACCUUAUUUCAUUCUAUUCAAGAGUGAUGAUGUCAGUGCUGCUCAAUGGAGCAACCUUAAGCAGUGGUAUUUUGAGGAUUUUGCUCUUAGCAUCAUUACUGCUCUGAUGAUGAAUUUGGUUCUACUUUAUGGCCCCACUAUUCUGUGUUAACUUUGUAGUGUCAUUACGGUGGAGAAAACUUCUUCAGGAUUAUUUAACUCUUAAAAACUAUACACAAUAUGGGACAAGAAUAAUGAAUAUUGCACACUUGUGAAUGUAUGAGAGCAGUUGACUUUGGAAUGCAUAUAUUUAAUUAAUGUUAUUUUUAAAUAAGUGCACUAGGCUACUGAAGAGAUGGGUAUUGUGGCCCUGCUUCCACUAAGCCAGCAGCUUGGAACAUUGACUAUCAAGAAACUACAGCAAAGUGUGUUCCUGACCUUGGUUUGGUUUCUCUCUAUGCUGACAAACAUGGAAUUAAUAGGAUUGUUUUCCUUCCUCUUAAAGCUGAGGAAUGGACCCAUAGCAGGAGCUUUGGCUGAAUUAAAUGUGUGGGUUUCUGAGGAUUUUGCACCUUGUUUCUCUCCCACUUGUUUGGACAGAAAUGAGCUGUAGCCAUCAAGGCCUGGAUUUAUUUCUGGAGCAGUUCAUUGCCACCAGCACUCCCUGUUGUUUUGGGAACGUGAUAUGAAAUUAGGCAUCCCUUACUAUUUGUUAUAGAUCACUUUCUAAUUAAAAAAUAAAAUAAAAUCACUUUCCCAAUCAAUUUCAGUUACAUAAAAUGGGAGGUAAUUAUCUUUCUUCAUUAGCAAUACUGUAAUCAGAGGUGCAAAAAAUGUGUGUUGUCUGUGCUUUUAGAGACCAGAAAUACCUGAGGUUGGGAGCAACUUGAAAAAAUGUGGGCAAGUGGAGCUGUAAAUCCUCUCUGCUUGUUUUCCUUUCUAAUACUCAUUUGGCAAUUAUCCACAUACAGUCUCUCAGAAGAGGGUUAGAAAGGAUGAAAAGUCAGCUUGCAAUCCUUGCCAACAGGAAAUUACUUUACAUUUUUUUAAUUGUAUGAAAUACAACCAGUUUAAAACUCAUUUAUGCACAGUAAUAACUUACUGAGCAUAGUUUUUUUUUCCACAAAAUUAGGUUGUUUCCCAUUAAAUAUGGGAAAAGUUUCCUUUUAUUUUAUAUGACAUAUGCAAAGAUGAACAGUGUCUGUAUUUUAAUAUACUAUUUGGUGUCUGAAGCAUCUUUUACAUGUUUGUUGUUCAGACUCAUGUAUUUAAUAGCAAGUUUGACACUGCUGGUGUUGCACUGCAGGAGGUAUUAAAGCUGAUCCAUUCAAUAGAUCCAACAGCAAUAUGUGAAAGUACAAUUUAGCUAUAAUUGCUGGUGAUACAACAGCCAAAGUUGAUGAGAAGGUUUGUGUUAUGUGUGUGAGAGUCUCAGAAAGGAGAGAAAGCUGUACUCAAUAAUGGCCAGUGUAGUUUAUUAGAGUAUUAUGAAUGUGAUUGAUUCCUUUUAAAUAACCAGCUGUGUUGUAUGCCUCCUUAAUAAAUAGUUAUGGCUUGUUGCUUCAUUUUGUUCAAUCUGCACUAUUUAUCAGCUGCUGUCCUUCAAGAGAGUUCAACUUGUUUUGUCAUUCUGCCUUGAAAAGAUGUUGUGUGUUCUGCUUUAACACAGUUAAAAAAAACAAAACAAUUAAAAUCUUCACUUUUUAUGACAUUGAUUUUAUUAUUUUGACACAUUCUGUGGGUGAAGAAGGAGCAGUUUGGGUUUGUUUUUAUUGUGCUUGGGCCUAAGGAAUAUCCUUUGAGCUGGAUGCAGUGUUGUACAAGGCUGCUCAUUGAUGAGCUAUAAGUGGCAACAGAACUCCUUCAUGCUGGAUGUCCUAAAAGAUGCUGAAAGAAGGCAGUGCUUUGCAGAUCACUGAUGUGCAGAGCUGUACUUCCCCCCACCUCAGCAAGAUGGAUUUAGCUGGUAUAUGGAAACUCCAAAAUCUGGGUUUGCACAUUAACAGCGUGUCUAUGUGCGCAUUGGGUGGGCUCAACCAUCAAAAACCAAAGUGUGUCACUGGUAAACGACAAACAUUUAGCACACUCAGUCAGACACCCUUCUGCAUACAAUAUCUAAGCAGUUUAUAAGGGUUGAGGGUGAUUUAUCUCAGUAACACAAAGGUGUUAUGCUGCAAGUUUGGCCAGUUGCUUUGGCUGACAGGGCCCGUGAUUCCUCCACUAAUUACAGAUGGGUUAUAAGCUGCCCCUUGUUAAAUAUGUUGUUGAUGGAGUUAAUCCUAUCUUACACAGUGAAUUUGUUACUGGUAGCAAUUCAAGCAUUGCACGGUUCUUGGGAGGAUGAGUUUGUUUGUCUUGAGGUGUCUGGCAUGAGGGGCAUGCUAUGUUACUGCUCAGAACUGAGAGCAGCAAUGUCAGAUGUGGAGAAAACAGGCCUUCUGAAGCACUGUUCUUGAGCAUGUCCUUAGGGAAACGUGCCUCCACUGAUGGCUCUCUCUGUGUUUACUCAGAUACAGCCUGGUUGCUUUGAUACUUGUUCCAAAA